GUUUACAUAUAAGACUUACUGGGGAAUAAUCCUAUAGAAAAAUUUGUUAUUGAUCCACAAUAUAAUGUCCCGUUUUGGAGUUUCCGAUCAUCUAAUCAACAUACGUGAUUGUAUACUUUGCUGUUUAUGCGAAACACGAGUUGCAUACAUGGAGGAUUUUAUUCCUAAUGCGGAUGACUCACUGUAUGGAGGGUUCUUUAAUAGAUUGCUUCAUUUUGUUGUACCAAUUAAUCACCAAGGUUAUCUAGAACAACUAGAGGGAAAUAGCCUACUCAAUAUUUACUGUGUCCAAUGUCGAAUGCGGCUUGGCUGGCAACUUGUAAGAUACUAGCUAGUAUUAAAAAGCAUUUGAUUUUGGUUGCUCUAUAUUUCAUAAAAUACAGAAAUUAUGAUUUCUUCAGGUUGAGACUACCCAACAGUCUGAGUAUUUUGUAGUAGGAAGAUACUUUAUGAAAUUGGAGCUGCUUAUAUAUCAGAGUGGUGAAACGUUGCGUGAUACUGUCUUCGGAGUCCCAAAUGAACAGGUUCCUAAUGAACCAAAUUUAGGCGCUAAUGAUCAAAAUGCCGAUCAAGCUAGAGGCGUAAAUCAACAGGUUCCUUAUGAAGGUGCUAAUGAUCAAAAUACUAAACAAGAUGGAGAUUCUAAUGAACAGAAUACUGAUGAACAAGAUUUAGGUGCCAAUGAUCAAAAUGCUGAGCAACAUGGAGAUGCUAAGGAACAGUUUCCUAAUAAACAAGAUUUAGGAGCUAAUGAUCAAAAUGUUGAGCAAGAUGGAGGCAAUAAUGAUCAAGAAGGAGACGCUAAUGAACAUAAUCAUGGUCAACAUCGAGGCCGACCAGUGAAACGAAUGAAGAUGUCGAUCAAGUGGCUGAUGGAAUAGACAAUAUUGAUGAAUAUGCAGACAUUGAUAGCCUACUCAUGCUGAUCAAAAUACGGAAAGAUAUACACUGUCUGAAUUAGACUUCACUUUUUUUGUUCAUUGCAUCUAAGGGUUCUGCGUGGGGCAAAUGUUAUA